AUGGAUAUAACCGAAGGAGCGCCAGAGACGCUUCUUCCUCACCCUCAGACCCAGUCGAAUCCCGCAGGCGAAGUCAGCAAAGAAGACCCAGAUCGCAAGAAAUCAGUUGCCAGAAAAAGAACCAAAACUGGCUGUCUUACAUGCCGCAAACGUCGGAUCAAGUGUGACGAAAGCAAACCAAUCUGCAAUAACUGCACCAAAUCCAAGAGGCACUGCGAGGGAUAUAAUCAACGCGUCAUAUUCAAGGAUCCCAUCGGUGCUUUUCAUGCCGGCAACAAUGGCCCGGUCCCUUACCUGCCUGAAUCCUCCCAGCACGCGUUUCCACAGCUCGGAAACAGCCAGCCUAACCCGUCGUCUCAAGCUCCGCCUCUCGCAGCCAUAGCGCCUAAGCCCCGUACUGGCCCCGACUAUCCGGGCUAUCCACGAACAGUCUUUGUCGAACCCUUGGCCGCUCAAUCGAGUUCUUCCUCAUCAACCAGCUACGCCUUUCCCCAGCCACCAUCAUCAUCAUCACCAUACAGACAGCCGCCCCCGUCGGUUUCCUCCUCUCUGACACCCCCCCUACAACCACACCACCCUUAUAGUGAUCAUGGCGUCGAGCAGGCCUAUCUCCCGACGCCGGGCCCCGAUGACGUGGGUCUCAAACUAUCUGGCGGCCAUAUGUCAACAUCUCCAAAUUCAUAUUUUUCGGCCAGAGAUAUGGCUGGUGCAGCACCCAUCACGCAACACCAUACCUCAGGGCGGAGCGACCUACCACCCAAAGCCGAAAUGACACAUCCCUACCUGGAUGAUGAUGGUUCUAUGGCUAACUCUGACGACGAUCUCGGACUCGGAGAUGUGAAGAAAGAAGACGGACAUGGCGGUCUGGUACAGAGACGCAUAAACGGCCCAGUCGAGGGAUUCGGCACGGAGAUGCGAACCUUCUCCGCCUUCGCCGAUGACAGCGUUCUUACAUCGUAUGUCCCAACCGCGACGAACUCGCCUCUCAACGACGACAGGACAGCGGCGCUCUUCUGGCACUUUGUCAACGUUACAGGACCCAGCAUGUCGCUGUAUGAACGGCAUCCAUUCGACCACACCAACGCAUCAUUGGACACUCAGUCCGCUCCCCAGGCUAACCAUAACAUUUGGACAUACACAUUUCCGAUCAUUUCUUUCCAGCACCCAGCUCUUUUACAGGCCAUUCUAGCCAUGGGCUCCCUGCAGAUCGCGAGACUGCAAUAUCUUCCACCCACGGCAGCCAUGAAACACUAUCAUCUUGCUAUUAGGAGAAUCGCGCACAAUGUUCGGAGCCCGACCAAACGCACCCAGCCGGCCAAUCUGGCCGCCACUCUGGUUUUAGCAUACUUUGAGGUCUGGAAUUCGGAUCACACCAAGUGGUGCCAACACCUCCUCGGAGCCAGAGUACUAUUCAGGGAGAUACCUUUCCGAGAGAUGACGAGGCACAUCCUGCCGCUCAAGAGAGCUAAACGGGCUCUUUUCGAAGGAUCACGGCAACCCCAUGACCCUCUUUCUAUGGGAUAUGGCCCUAGUCCGAGGUUGAAACAUGACCUAGACGACGUAGACACCGAGUUCCUGGGCCAAUUGGCAGGUCGACAUGUGGAGUAUGACGACCAACCCCCCUCGCCGGGCUUGUACUACACGGCUCGUGACAUUGAGCAUUACGAGUAUCUGAGGGAUCUCUUUUGGUGGUAUUGCAAGAUGGAUGUCUAUCAUUCUUUGCUCUCCGGGGAUCGACCUUUCAUGGAAUUUAAGAACUGGACGCAAUGUCCUCCGCGAGCACCGAUGGGAAGGCUGGAGGCUAUCUACGGCACAUAUGACCACGUCAUGCUAGUUUUAGGGCGCCUAAUGGCAUUUGCAGCGAAAGAUCUCUCACGGAAGCGAAAAGCCAUGCAGUCUUUCGGGAUGGGCGGACCACCGUUCGGGCCACCGCGUGGAUCACCGACGGGUCCAACCGGUCCACCAGCGGGUGGUCCUCCGGGGACAAUGCCGCCGGGGAUGCCCCCUGGGCCGAUGAUGGGCAUGCCACCAGGAGGGAUGCCACCAGGAGGGAUGCCCCCGGGAAUGAUGAUGGGAAUGCCGCCGGGAGGUUUCCCGCCCGGCAUGUUCGGGGGUCCAGGUGGCGGAUCGCCGCCCAUGUUCCCGGGUAUGCUCCCCACAAGCAGCAAAGUAUCGUUACCUACAGGCUUCAGUCCGAUGCGGGAUCAAACGCCGCCGCGGGAUAUAUCUGAGGACGUCGACCUUGGUACGGCGACAGAGGCAGCACUGCUGGAGUGGGAGAGCAUCCGGGAAGCCUUCGCGCACCUCCGAUCUCGGUUCGGGCCCGAGCUCGAGCCUUUAGGUGCCGAGUACGCUGACCGUCGAGACUCGCCAUUCGGCCCCACGCUGCAGUACCGCACAUUCUCUGUGGCAGGAAUUUGGCUCAACUACUACUUGGGCCUCAUUCAUCUCUAUAGGACCCAUCCUAUGAUGCCACCGGCGGCUAUGGUUGCCCAGGGGAUUCAGGCCAGACACACGGAGCAAUAUGCGAGGGAGAUUGGGCGUAUUGCUGCUGGUUUGUGCGAUGACCUCACCAGCGUGACGGAGAUCAGCACUCUCGUAGGGGCGGCGCUUGUGGAAUCUAGCCUGCCCCUAUUCGUGGGUGGUAUUCAGGCUCAGGAAGCCGCUCAGAGGCACUGGCUUAUCAGGAGGUUGCAUGACACUGCGCGACUGACGGGAUGGCAAUCAGCGAGGCAGAUUGCCGAGGGCUGCGAAUCAGCCUGGCACAAGGCGGCGGAGCUCGGAAAAGGUCCGCCGUAUACGAGAGACCCCAGCCUUUCCAGGGAAAUCCCCAAGUCGGUAUGGGAUUUCCCAAGGAAGAUGGCGUCUCAGAGCGAGCAGCUGCGUGAGGAAACCAACGGCGAGAUGGUGCUCCUCCCGUCUCACCGUGCGUUCUAUGCUAUAGGAUUGAUCAGUGUCGAGCAAGAGCUGGAUAAAUUGGAGCUUAACGAUGGUGGCUGA